GAUCGGAGCCAGAAGUUAUGGCGAAAUUCGAACUUGGUGGACUACCAUUAUAUAGCACCGACGAAAGCCAGAGGAAGUCUGAUAGUGGACAUGCAGGCAAAUAAUCUGAACCUACGAGUGGAGUUAAGGUAGAGGGUUGAGAUUAGUGGCCUACUGUGGGUUCUUAUUAGUUGGCACUUUCUCGGCCACCUUUAUCACCCGUCUGCACUCGAUAAGUGUGGUUCGCAGAGCCUUAGUCGCAUUCGAAUAUUCAAAUUGGAUCAUGGCAGCACAGAGCAAACUUGCGGAGGUAGCUUUCAAUUGCACCUGCCAGGAGUUCGUCCAUCCUUGGACCUCGAGUUGCGCCUGUGCGACGGCGGGAAUGUUGCUAUCCUUAAUUCCUGGCACCUUUCGCACCUAUAGUAUGGUCUAUCUGUUUUCACUUGCUAUGCGUAGGCGCAUUCCAUCGCUAAAGGAUCUGAAAAACACUGCACUCAGCACUCUACAGUCCACGGCUUUUCUCUCCCUGAAUGGCAGCCUUUUUAUCCUGGCCAUUUGCCUGGUGCGUCAAUUUUUGGGUGGUUUCUACUUUCCUACGGCCACCUGGAUUCCCGCGCUCUUGGUCAGCUCCAUAUCACUGAUGGUAGAACGACCGGGGCGACGUGCUCCGCUGGCCAUGUAUGUGGCCAACGUGGGCAUUGAGACGCUGUGGAAGAUGAUGGAGGUCCGAGGCCUGGUGAGAUCCAUUCCCAAUGGUCAGGUGCUCAUCAUGGGCCUUAGUCUCACCGCCUUGAUGUAUCUAUAUCGAACGGGCCUUCACAAAACGGUGGCCAAGGAUGCUACCUUCAAAGGAUUGGGUCUCAUUGUAGGCCAGGAGGAGGAGGGUCCUUUGAAGACGCCGGUGGUGAACACCUCUCAAAGACCCCGACCACCCAGGCUAAAUAUCCGCUGCAUCUCGUCUCACCUCCUGGUGUAUGACCAACUGAUGUCCCUCAAGCAUCCCAGUUGUCCACACAAACAGGGUUGUGCUCUGUACGCCCUCCUUGGUGGCCUAAGACCCUUCCUCGGGGGCGUGGGCCUCUCGGUGGGCUUAAAGCUGCUGCUCAACAUUACCAAGAUCUUCCAGUUUAAGAUGCAGUGGCGAAAGCAGAUCUUCAACAAGGGGUCCCUGCAGUUGGGCCUAGCACUGGGAAUCUUUUCACUGCUCUUUAAGUCCACUUCCUGUGCUUUGCGACACUCUUUCGGAUAUGAUGAAGCUAUUUUCGCCAUUCCAGCUGGCUUACUGGGAUCAAUUGGUCUUCUUCACUUUCCCAACACAACAGUUUCCCUGUACCUGAUGUUCAAGUCCCUACAACUGUUGUACAACUGGGGUGUCUCCCAGGGAAAGGUGCCCGAGGUGCCGAACUUCUCCGUGAUCAUGUAUGGAUUCUUCACGGCCGUGCUCUGUCACUCAACCGUACUGGAAGCGCAGUCCAUGAGGCCAAGCUACUUUAAGUUUAUCGAGACCAUUUCCGGAGGUCGUCUCAGCCGUUUUAACUUGAAACCCUUCGAGGCUUUCGGAGUACACAGCCAGGAUCAGGCCAACCAAGUGAUCAAGAAGCUGGGCAUUGCUGUCAACUCGGCGAACCCCCUGUUUCCACUGACUGUUUAGAAGUCGUUCCAUACCUUGUUCUUCAUUCGACUUUUUUAAAACAAAAUAUUUUUGCAAGACGCUAAUAGUCAAGGUAUUACCUUAUUUAUUCAGAAAAUUAAUCAACUUAACUGAAUCGAAUUGAUUUUGAACAGUUUGUUUAUUAGUUAAAAAAGUUUAUAGAAGUUAGAACUAGUAAAUACUUAAUGUUGGCUCAAUUCAAUAAAGCUGAGAGAAUUGUAUAUGCCAAAGUACAUACAACAGAAAAGAUCAUGGAAUGCAGUGUUUACUAACGAUAGCAGCAUUAUAUAAACACUUGUUUCCUAUCGGAAUUUCUUAUAG